GCUGCGUUCCCCCACCAUCUUCCAACCUGCGCGUCGCAGUUAUGGACUCUGGUGAACUGCGGUAUACAUAUGUAUAUCACCAGAAUGAUGUAUAGGGUCCAAAUCAACAUGAACCAAAAAGAAUCAUCAUGACAUUUUAUAUUAGACACAUACUUGGGUUUUUAAAAUUAAUAAAGCGAUAGACAAAGGGCUAUUAUUUGAAUGAAAGAUAAUUAUUUGUACAAUUAAUUUAAAAGAUGAUGUAGAGUAAGACAUUGUUGAUAUAAAUACUUUAUUGUAAAAUAUAAUUCUAUGAUAAAAACAUCAAGAAUUUUUAUACUUUUAUACAGAUAUGUAUAAUUGCUGAUUGGCAACGGUUAUCCCGAUACCUUUGAAACAUAAUGACAUGACACAGUAAGAAGAGCAAUAAGCAAUUAACGCUCUCAAUUAAUUUCAUCUAGCAAAAUGGCUAGUUUUUUCGGUGAAGUAGUAUUUCCAGUUUCACGAGCAUUUUGGGAUGACGAAGAGGAAAGUGAACCGACAGGACAACCAAUAUAUCAACCUGAAUUCUUUGUUCGAUGGUUAAAAGAAAAGCCAACUCGAAUCAAUAAAUUAAUUGUAAUUGAAGGCGAAAUAUUAAUCGAUUUCUCAAAGGAAAGUUUGGGUAAAAAUUCGAAAGAAGUAUGUUUUGUAGAAGAUGAUAAACAAAAGAAAGCAUGUACAAUUUAUCAAAUUAAUGAUGAGGUUUAUUUAUGCAUUGUAUCUGAACAUUUUGAUGUCAAAUUUUCAAGUAAGCUUGUGGAUAAAAUGACUGAUAUUUUGUCAAGUGUAGAAAAUACAAUUUGCAUAACAUAUAGACAUAUAUCACAGUUUAAGAAUAAAAACAUACCAGCUGUACCAUCAUUCCUAAGAAUGUUAGUCACAGAGUCUGGUAAUAAUGUUUGCAAGUUAAAAGAACCCUUUCUAGAACAACCAAAUAUUGUAUAUGGAGUUACAGCAGGAGUUUUGUCAUAUGCAGAAUUUAUGGAGUUACCUGCAGUUUUAUACGUUUUAUAUAUAGAUAGUUUUGCAUUGGAUUCUGCAUCUGCAGAACCUCUUAUAAAAUUAUUUGUAGCUUUGAACUGCACACUACAUGAUGUUUCAUUUGCUGGAAAAGACUUUUUUAAUAAAGGCAACCUUUAUAUGUAGAAUUUCAGCUAAUUUUUUUAAUGUAAAAGCUUUAUCAUUUAAUAUUACUGUCAAUAGCAAAUAUUAAAUAUUUACAAUAUUUACAAAAAUUCAA